AUGGCGUCUGCACAGUCUUACAGCGGCCCGAUUUCCCUCGGACACUCCAAGUAUGCUGAUCCUUUGCGGAGGAAAGCAGCAUUGGCCGCAUCCGCAUCCGUCGCUGCCGUUCCCACUGCCGAUACCGCCAUGGCCACCAAAGAGCAGAUCGCCGCGUUAAAGACCGGCCAUGUCGCUCUCGACGUAGCUCAUCACAACGCCGAUGCACAACUCGCCAUUUCCCAGGGUAACGUCUUAAAGGAGGAAGUUGCCAAACACGCCAAAAAAAUCUCCAGAACUGUCUCAACCACUGUCACCAACACGCGCCGACUGCUAGAGCUGAUCCGUGAAGCGUUGCCAGAUGCGAACACUUCGACUCUCAACGACCUCUGGGAUGAGUUGGAACAGCUUUUUGCUGCGGCAAAUGAGGCCAAGGAAGCGUUGCCCGCAUUCCUUGAGAAACAGCGCGACAACAUGAGCUUGUACCACAGCUCAAUGGUGAACGAGGCCAUCAAAGACACACAAGAUGAACUGAAUAUUCAGCAUAAGAAGGUCAACAUCCAGCACAAUCUCAUUCUUGAGCACCAAGAGGCUUUCCUUGCGUACAAGGAGCAGACCUCCAGCAAGCUCAAGGAGCUCGAAGACCUCCAGGAGCGCGUUUCACGUCUCACACUCGAGAAGGGCAACUUCCGUACGGAGAUCGACAAAUACAUGCAGCUGUUGGAGGAGGAGCGCUCAACGAAGGCUGAAGAUCUCCGCAAAGUGACCGGUAUAGAGAAGGAGCUUGAGACUCUUGUAGACUCCAAGAAGCAGCUUCUCGCUGAGAGCGACACCCUGCGCAAAGCUCUCCAAGACGUUCAGACUAAGAUGAAGUCUUCAGAGCAGGAGAUUACUGAUCGAUUCACUACCCAGCUGAAAUCGACUGCCGACCUAUUGGCAAAGGAAACUCAAAAGACAACCGCUUUGAACACCAUGAUCAGCCAGCUGAAGGGAGGCGAGAGCACUGCCAGGCUCGAUGCUGAUAAGUCCAAGAAAGAGAACAAGGUGUUGAAUGAGAAGUACGCCCACCAGGCGGCUGAGCAUGCACAGACCUUUACGAAACUCAACGAGCAAACCAAGCAAAUUGAAGGCCUGAAGAUUGAUCUCGAACGUCACCAGAAGGAGAAUGUCGAGCUGCAGCAGCGCCUCAUCAAGCUUGCCAACCUCGAGGAACAGAUUACUGGGCUCAGCCAAGAGAAAUCAACCUUGUCCGAACAAGUAAGCAGUCUCAGUGCUGAAUUGGACGCUAGCAAGAACGAGGAGAGCAAGGCCAACACCAAGGUAGAAGGUCUUCUGAAGAAAGUUGAAGAUUUAGACCAGGAAGUUGAGCAGUUAGAAUCAGCUCACAACAAACUUCUCAACAAGAUGAAAGAGAACAGGAUGGCUGUCCAGACAUCGGAGCUUCUCAAGAGUGAGAACACCAAACUCAAGGCAAUGAUCGAAGAGCUCAAGGCUUCCAAGAGCACUUCAUCUGCCGUAGGCGGCUCUUCGUCUCCAAACGAUGAGGAGACAAUUCGUGGUCAAGAUAAGAAGAUUGAGGAUCUCGAAAUCGCUCUACAGGAGUGGACUGAUUUGGCCAAGCGCUCUUAUAAGGAGUACAAGGAAAUGCUUCCCACCUACAAGAAGGCUGAUCAGUUGCGCCGAGACGUCGUUGAGAGGGACGCGACUAUCAACAAGCUGGAACUGGAGCUUGCUGAAGCCAAAGUCUCCAAGACCAACGGCGUAGGAUCUGGUGUUAGUGGUGGUAACGAUGUCCGCUACUGGAAGCAGAAGUACGAGACACUUCUGCUCUCCGUUGGUAACUAG